AGAGGAGAGGAACGCAAUCAAUUUCAUAGAGAAGAGGAAGAAAAGGCGCAAGUAGAUAAGGAAGAGAGGGAAAAAAGAAGCAAGGAGUUUCCAGAGAAAAGGAACAUCACUGAGAAGAGAGGAGAGCAGCAGGAGGGCGUGGACCUGACUUAUAGACGAAAGCGAAAAGGAGUGAGGGGGAAAAAAAGAAAGAAGGCAAGAGGGACGAACGAGGCAAAGCCGAGGCCUCCUGAAAAAAGAAACAAAGCCUCACACUUGCUUUGCACAAGUGUGUGUGUGAGGUUGACCUCUGUUUGGGUUUUACUGUACGUGUGUGAGCAGGUGGGACUUUGAUGGGACAGUGAGCAAUGCCUCACACACAGCGACAGCAGGUUGGCAGUAGGGGGCGAUGCUCCUCUCCCCUCCUCCCAUUUCUCUUCCUCCUCUCCCUUGCUGCCCGGCCCAGCCAAGCAGCCAUACACAUACCCUCCAACUACCAAAUAAGUGAUCUCAAGAGGCCUCCAAUGAUCAUCACACAGCCGGAGUCUGUCACCGUCUUCAGUGUUGAAGACCUCGUCAUGAGCUGUGAAGCCACUGGCAACCCUUUACCCAUUUUCCGAUGGACAAAGGAUGGAGAGGAGUUUGACCCAGGCAGUGACCCAGAGCUGAAGGUUUCUGAGCGCUCUGGUUCAUUUGCAUUCUACACACUCAGUAACACCAUGGACAGCCUGAAGCAGUACCAGGCCAAAUACGUCUGCUAUGCAUCCAACGAACUGGGGACAGCCGUCUCCAACGAGGCCACACUCAACACUGAUGUUCCCCCAUCCCAGCAGAAAGAAAAGAAGGUUAGUGUGAAGGCUGAAGAGGGAAACAGUAUCGUUCUGAAGUGUAACCCCCCGCAGAGCUCCAUGGAGCCUAUUAUUCACUGGAUGGACUGGAGGCUACAUCAUAUCCAGCUAAGUGAACGGGUGGUCGUGGGGAAGGAUGGUAACCUAUACUUUGCCCAUUUGACAACCAAGGACAGCAGGGAAGACUACACCUGCAAUGUCCAGUACCUGGCGACACGCACCAUUCUGGCAAAGGAACCUAUCACUCUGACUGUAAACCCUUCCAACUCUCUACUGCGGAACAGGAGGCCCCACAUGAUGAGACCUACUGAAAGCCACAGCAAUUACCAUUCCCUCAGGGGCGACACCGUGGAGCUUGAGUGCAUCGUCCAAGGCCUUCCAACUCCCAGCGUUUCGUGGCUGAGGAGAGAUGGCGAGAUGUCUGAAUCUCGGGUCAUUAAAGACAUGUUCAACCGCCGCCUGCGCUUCAGUAAUAUCUCAGAGAGCGACGGGGGUGAAUAUCAGUGUAUAGCUGAGAACUCCCAAGGGAAGGUCACACACACUUACACUGUGACUGUGGAAGCGGCUCCCUACUGGGUAACGGAGCCAACCAGUCAGUUGUAUGCCCCAGGUGAGACUGUCAAGCUACACUGCCAGGCGGACGGCAUCCCCACUCCUACCAUCAGUUGGACCAUCAAUGGGAUCUCCCUCUCAGAAACCGACGAGGACCCCAGACGUUCUCUGACAGCGAGCGGAUCUCUAAUACUGAUGGAUGUCAACCUGGGCGACACUGCCAUCUAUCAGUGCCAGGCCUCCAACAAGCAUGGAACUAUCCUCACCAACACCAACAUCUAUGUCAUUGAGCUGCCUCCUCAGAUCCUGACUGAUGAUGGGAUGACGUACACGGUUACAGAGGGCCAGAAAGCUUCACUUGAGUGUGACACAUUUGGCUCUCCUAAACCUGAAGUCACAUGGGAGAGCAUCAGCCCCUCUUCCCUUCUGGCAGAUCCCAGAGUGAAGCUGCUCAGCAACGGGGUGCUUGAGAUCUAUAAUGUCACAAAUGCCGAUGAGGGCUUCUAUACAUGCUCUGUACAGAACAAUAACAUGUCUGUCACUGCCGAGCUGGAAGUGCUCAACAGGACAGUGAUCCUGUCACCUCCACAGGCUCUGAAGGUGCAGCGUGGAAACACAACAAUCUUCACUUGUCUGGCCCUGGUUGACCCCAAACUCGGCUCUCCAUUCAUUCAGUGGAGAAAAAACAGUCAAAAGAUCACUGAGUCCCACAGUGACGGAAAAUACACGAUUGAUGGACCAGAUCUGAAAAUAACUAAUGUGGAAGCAGAUGAUGAGGGCGUGUACACCUGUCAAGUCAUCACUAAGCACGACAUGGCUGAAGCCAAUGGCACCCUCACUUUAUGGGAUCGUCCAGACCCUCCUGUCCUUCUCCAGAUCACUGAUCCAAAGCGUCAUGCAGUCACCCUCAGCUGGACUCCUGGAGACGACCACAACAGCGCUGUGCUAGAGUAUGUAGUUGAGUUUGAGGACCAAGGUGCAAAGGAGAGGGGUUGGGAGGAGCUGAAGAGGGUAACAGGAAACAAGCAGCGUGCUAACCUCCCUCUGUGGCCCUAUAUGUCUUACCGUUUCCGGGUCAUUGCCAUCAAUUCUGUGGGAAAGAGCAGCCCCAGCAAGCCAUCUGAAAUCCACAAUACACCUGCUGAAGCUCCAGACAAUAACCCUGAAGAUGUUAGGAGUGAGUCCAAAGAACCAGGGACUCUAUUCAUCACCUGGGAGGAAAUGGACAAACGUAACUUAAAUGGACCUGAAUUCAAGUAUCGGGUUCUGUGGCGGCGAGUGGUGGGCAGUGGACCCAGAUGGCACACCAACUACACAACAACACCACCGUUCACGGUCAAUGACAUUGGCAACUUUUCUGCCUACGAGAUCAAAGUUCAGGCUGUCAAUGAGAAAGGGGAGGGACCUGAGCCAGACCCCGUCAUCGGUUACUCAGGAGAAGAUGUUCCAAUGGAGGCGCCAAUGGAUGUGGGUGUUAUUUUAAUAAACAGCACUACCAUCAGAGUGAACUGGGCAGCAGUGGACAAAGAGACAGUCAGAGGACACCUGCUGGGAUACAGGGUUUACUUGACCAGAACCGGCUCCAGGAGCCACCACAGAGGCCGGAGGUCCAGGGAGUCAGAGAACACUUGGGAGGUGGAGACUGGAGCUAAUGAGGAGAAGAAGGUGAUCAGUGAUCUCAGACCCUACUCCCACUACGCCCUGGUCGUCACCGUGUUCAACAGCAAGGGAGAGGGACCCCCCUCUGAGACGCUGUCCUUCAAGACUCAAGAGGGAGUUCCUGGUCCUCCCAUGUCCCUGAUGCUGGACAGCCCAUCAGAGACAGAAAUGACCCUUCACUGGACGCCACCUGCUCAGCCCAAUGGAGUCCUCACUGGAUACCUACUGCAGUACCAACAGGUUGUGGAGAGUGAUGACAGCCCCAUGCAGGUAGAGACAAUAAAGGGCCCCACAGUCAGCCACCUCACCCUGAGUGGCCUGGACCCCCACGGUCACUACCGCUUCUUCCUGAGGGGGCGCACUACUGCAGGGGACGGAGAGCCCAUCAUCAGGGAGGGUGCCACCACGCUGGAUGGAGCGCCUCCUGCUGACAUCAACCUGUCUGUUGGAGAAAACUCAGUUAACCUCAGCUGGGUUGCCAAGAAGAGACACAGGAACGUCAGCUUCCAGAUACACUACUUUAAAAAAAAAGAUGGCAGUAAAUGGAAGAAAACAGUGAACGUGAACUCCUCCCAGUCUUUCUACCAGCUCCAGGGCCUGACUCCUGGCACUCAUUAUGAUCUAAACUUCACCUACAGCAACACCACCUUCUUUGAGGCUCAUAUCGAGACAGGUGGAACAGAAGUAACAGAGGUGCAGCCCAGUUUUGCAACACAAGGCUGGUUCAUCGGUGUUGUGAGCGCCAUCGUGCUGCUGCUGCUGAUACUGCUUAUCCUCUGCUUCAUCAAGAGGAGUAAAGGGGGGAAGUAUUCAGUGAAAGAUAAAGAAGAGGGCCCGAUGGACUCAGAAGCUCGGCCUAUGAAGGAUGAGACUUUCGGAGAGUAUAGUGACCUUGAGGAGAAGCGCACGGCCAGCCAGCCGUCCCUGGGCGAGGAGAGCAAGCUGUGCAGCGAGGACAACCUGGACUUCAACGGCAGCAGUGCCAUAACCACCGAGCUCAACAUGGAUGAGUCUCUGGUUAGCCAGUUCAGUCGACCCAGCGAGGGUCCAGACGCGCUGCAUGGUCUGCCAGACAACUCCCCGCUCAACCCCACCGCCGUCUCCCCAGCCACCAAUGGCAUGCCCAACUCAGUCACCAUCCUCGAUUAACCCCACACAUCCACCGGGGGCCAUUAGACCAAAACAUGUCAACACAUAUGUGCCCAUACAUUCCUGUUCCCUACUGACUUGCUGAUAUGUAGUUUAAUGACUAAUAUACAAUCAAUGUAUUGACUAUUCAGAUGCCUCUGGCAGUCAUCUGAUCGACCGGACUGUUUUGACCAAAGGAGUGUCCAAAGUAGUGGACAAUGCGAUACAAGUUUGACUGACCUAAAGAUGUCUUUCGACCCCCCCUCCCCCUCCUUUUAUCUGUGUAGUUUACAACAUAUCUUUAUGACUAACAUUCAUUUCUCUCCCUUUCUUCUUUUUCUUUCUCCCCACAGACAACUCUAUAGAAAGAUAAAGACAGAAUGUUGUACAGGUAGAAAUAUCAGAGGGACUAUAGGUACGGUGCUAUAGAGAUGCAGAGAAGUGCAUUGAAAGAGGAGGAUGAUAGUAGAGCCUAGCGUGGGGAAACAGACAGCACAUGCUGCUGUAAAAAGUCUUAGAUAUUUAUCAUGCCUUAUAUUAUUUCACACAUUUGUAUGUCUAAUGCCAUUUGAUGUCUCAGAUUGUACUUGCCAGUGACAUUUUUAUUUUAUUUUAACAAAUGUGUUUGAAUACAAAACAUCCUUUUUUAUUACCCAUUUUUAUUUACAUCAUCAUUUUUUAAAUAUUGUUUUCUACACUAUUUAUAUAAAACUAACGACUUUUCUCAGUUGACAUAUUUCACGGAUCAAAAUGUUUUCAUUGAAACUAAGUGAAGCCAAGUUUCUUACUAUAAAUAACAUUGGAUGCGUUAUGGGAACUUGCUGUGAACAUGCUGAGUAGCAUCUGGUGUAUAUAGCUGCAUCUACAUCUAUCUAUUUAGCCAUAAUACAGUAUUAUAGAUAUGUACAUGCUCCUUAUAAGUUCCUGUGCCUGCUGGGUCUGCAUAGAGCACCAGAUUGAUGUCAUUACUCUCUCGCCUUCCCACCAGAAGUGUAAUGUCAUUGUUGGAAAUAAUAUUGUAAUUUUUUGUGUCGAGACCUACGUGUAGCUUUCUGUAUCUGUCUUUGUCUCUUUCUACACUGUAUUAAAAACAUUGUUGUCUCUAACUAACAAUCUUUUCAUACCUGUCCAUCUCAUAUUUCACAAACGGUUUGAGGAGCAGUAUUUAUGUAUAUUUACAGAUAAGAGAGUGGAGGCUUGUGAGCAAACACUCAUGUUUUAUUUUCAGACCCUCAUCAAUGCAAGUUGAUAUUGCAUACAGGCGGAAUGAUUGCCAGUUGAUGUAUAAUAAAAGCAAGCAGUUGGUAUUUACAUCAAACACAGAGAAUGUAUUCUUUUCAGAGCUGGGCAGACAUUGUAUUCACAUGUUACUGAUUAAAAAUACAAGGUACUGGAGUGGUUUUGAGAACAGUUUUUUUUCUCCACAGAAUGUAAAUACCCUUAAAGAUUGUUUUGAAGAACCCAACUGUGUUUGAUAUAAAAAUGUGAAAAUGUGCAAGUUUGAAACCACUUUAAUUAAUUUGGAAUUGUUGCAAGUUGUCAUUUUUUCUUCUUUGUGCUAUUGCUAUA